GGAAAUUCAUAUGUCAGUCAACUUGGAAUGAGUGAAGUGUUAGAAUCGUAGUUAGGUCGUUGUGAUGAUUGGAUAUAUCAAGGUGUACAAUGUCUUCUUUUAUUGUUCAGAAUCUAAUUUUCUUAGUGAUAAUCUGUUUAGCAAAAUGCGAAACAAACAAACCUUGGUAUGAAACACUUCCUGCAGUGGCAAUGGAUUACAAGGUGCAUAUCGAGGCCGGAAAGGAGGAUUGCUAUUUCCAAUUUGUAAAUCCAGGCGCAACUUUCUACGUCAGCUUCCAGGUACUACGUGGCGGUGAUGGAAAAGCCGGAUUUGCUGUGAGAAAUCCAGAAGGUUUGAUUGUAUAUCCUUAUCAAUGGAGAGCUAACGCAGAUUAUCAGGAUCAAACGGCAACCGGUGGUUAUUACAGUGUUUGUAUCGACAAUCAGUUCUCCAGAUUUGCUCCUAAAUUGGUCAAUUUGUACAUCACAGUUAUUAGAUAUGAUCAAUGGGAAAAGUAUACAAAGGAAUUGGAGGAGUUAAAUUUAUCUGUUGAAAAUUUCACAAGUACGAUAAGAAAUGUGGAGAAGAACAUUAAUGAUAUACUACAAACGCAACAUUUAAGUCGUAGUCGAGAAGCAAGAGAUUUAAAUUUACUCUUGGACAAUAAUUUUUAUGUUCAAACUUGGUCUAUCGCACAAAUAAUUGUUAUUACAGUGGCUACCACGAUACAGGUUUAUUUUGUAAAAAGAUUAUUCAAUGUCAAGCCAUCGAGAUAUUCGAAAGCAAGGCUCUGAUUAUCAGUAAUAAUAUAAUAGGAACAUGAUAACGUCCAGUGUGUUAUAAUUCGCCGUUUAUAUUGUGAUAAUAUUAAUUAGAUGUUAAAAUAUUAUUCAGAUUUUUAUUUAUAUAUAACUUUUAUUAAAUUUAAUAUAUAUAUAUGAUUUUUAUAUAU